AUCAGCCGCACGGCUUAGGCAGACUGAUUACAAGUUUAACUGCGAAUACUUGGAUUAUAGACGAUAUCCGCUUUGACAAGAGUCAACACGCUUGGAUUCACGACCAGAGCUUCAAGUUUGGUCCAGCGAUCUUGGUAUGGUCUUUGCCAUCGGACUUUCUGGCCGAGGCAGACACCCAUGCCAGAUGGCGGCCCAGAUCUCAGACCCGGAAGUAUAAUUCGGAUCACGGAAAUGUCACGAACCUAUGGGUAUUAGUUCCUCGGACCUCGGCCGUUUUCUUUCUUGCGAACCAUCAUCAUGUCCCAACAGCAGGUGGACGAGGAGACGCCGUUGCUGCCCGUGCAACAGAAGAAGGCUAGAACACCAUUGCCUUGGCGUCAAUUCUCUAUCAUACUGUUUCUUCAGCUCGCAGAACCGCUCACUUCACAAGUUAUCUCUCCCUUUGCACCUCAGCUGAUUAGAGACAUUGGCAUCACGGAUGGCGAUGAAACUCGUGUAGGAUACUAUGUCGGAUUAAUGCAUUCCCUGUUCUUUGCCACACAAGCCCUGACCGUUCUCCAUUGGAGUCGUAUAUCAGACCACAUCGGACGGAAGCCCGUCAUUUUAACAGGCCUGUUUGGAUUGUCCGUUUCCAUGUACUGUUUCGGCCUAUCUAGAACCUUUUCGGGGCUCGUACUAAGCCGUGCUCUGAAUGGUGCUUUGAACGGCAAUAUCGGCGUAAUCAAAAGUAUGAUGGUGGAGCUCACCGACUCCACUAACUUAGCCCAGGCAUAUGCCUAUAUGCCGAUAGCUUGGUCAAGCGGUGGGGCUAUUGGACCCUUAAUAGGCGGUUCAUUAUCACGACCAGCGGAUCGAUUUCCGAACAUCUUCGGACAUUUGCAAUUCAUGAAGACCUAUCCUUAUUUCCUCGCAUGCGCUGUGCCUGCUACCUUUUCUGCAGUGGCUUGGGUUGUCACGUUUCUUUUCUUGCAGGAGACUGUACCUACCAGGGUGACUCUCUGGCACCUGCUAAAGGGGAAGAGUCACGAACAUUCCACUUCUCUCAAGGUCCCCGUGACUUCCACAGGAUCAACCGAUUCCCUCAACACAGAUGAUAUCACUCGACGUGCGAAGGUUGAUGACUCGAAGCCGCUACCCCUUCGUUCACUCUUGAUACCCAAAGUGAUCAUAGCCGCUGGAAAUUAUGCUGCUUUGUCAUUCCUUGACAUUGCAUUUCGUGCCGUACAACCUGUGUUCUUCGCCACACCGGUAGAGCUUGGUGGGCUGGGAUUGGAUCCCCCGCGCAUCGGCAAUAUUCUAGCUAUCUAUGGUGUGAUCAAUGGCUUGUUCCAAAUAUUUUUCUUCGCCGACCUCCAUGAUCGUUUCGGCUCAAAGAUAAUCUAUUCUGUCUCAAUGGCUGCUGGAAUUCCGAUGAUCCUCACCCUUCCUAUCCUCAAUGCUGUAGCCAGGGUGCAUGGGUUAAGCCUCACAGUAUGGGCAAUUGUUGGCCUGCAACUUGUUUUGUCAAUGAUAUUAAAUUUGGCAUAUUCCUGCAUAUUUAUAUAUAUCGCCGCGGCCUCUCCAAACCAGGCAUCUCUUGGUGCAACGAAUGGGAUCGCUCAGUUGGGUGUUUCAAUCGCGCGAACGAUCGGCCCCGCAACCGCCACGUCCACGUUCUCGUUUUCCAUUCAAAACCCCCACCAGGCAUGGAUAGUCUAUUAUUAUCUGAUUGCCCUUGUCUGUAUGGGCAUCUGUACAUCGCUCUUACUUCCUCGACAGUUGUGGAAGAAAAACUAUUAAUUCUUACGCCCAUGUAUGGUUUCUUUGAGGUCGCUGCUAGGGGUCAAAGGGAAAUCAUCUCACGUUUUCACGAAUAUUGUCAUUGAGUUUCAUGUUUCACUGGUCUUGACCUAUCAGAUAUUUGAGACAGUUGAAUUUUUCUCCAUGCUCUUAAGUAUUAUUUUGGUCGUGUCUAUCAACCGGUCAUUGUCAAUUCGGCGGUCGGCAAACGUUACAACGUGUCACACAUCCGUGCGUGACAUCCUGUCCACCAAAGGACACUGCCA